GACUUUUCCUCGGCUCGGUGUACUUUGAUCAUACCCCUUCACUUUCACUAGUGCUGGGUGAUAUAUGUUGAAGAGACCUUGAGCUACAUUGAUGUGCCACAUUUUCCCGGGAUUGUCAUACAAUUGCGAACGCGGAUGUGAAACCGUUACUUUAUGGGGAUGAUCCAUCAGGUGAAGCAGUGAUUCAAGCCAAAGGGGAUGGUUCUUGGCGUCAAGCAGCAAGCGAGGCUUGUGCCAAGAAGGGGGAAGACCAAGAAUUGAAAGCGGAGUUUAAUUUCUCGUUUUUUGGAGCUCUUGUGUGCGGAAGACACCGAAAUAAAACUGUUUUCCUUUUAGGGAAACGAGUUAUCCACCCCAAAGCGUCCGGACUGUGUGAUAAAUCAACAACAUAGCAGAGUGACAAAGUACAGGUUGAGUCAAAGGAGUUUAUCGGGCUGCGGUUGGUCGAGGAACACUGAUCAAGACAGCAGUACAGCGGCAUAGGUUUUCAUGUCUCCUCUCCACACACCUGUAAAGGUUUCCACUUCCUGCGAUACCAUCACACCAUGCCUGAGGGGGCGGGCCGAGGCAGCCAGAGAAAGCCCAGCAACCAAGCUGCCAAGCGCCCCUCCUCCGUGUCCUCCCUGAGCAGCAUUGUGGGUAGGAUGACCUCGUCGGAGCGCGCCUCCCGCGGGAGCUGCACCUCGGUCAACACGGUGUGCUCGGACAGCGACCGCACGGCCAGCCUCAGCUCCUCUGCCUCCUCCGUCUCCCUGCAGGACGGACACUCUUCCUCCUCGCUGCCCUACGGGGCCGUGCCUGCCUACCCUUCCUCGCCGCAGCGCAACGGCUCCGACAUCAGCCUGGACCUCACUCCUCUCUCCCAACUCCCAGCGGGGGUAAACCCUGCCACCGCCGCGUCCCUGCCCAAGCUGUCUCGCUUGGAGAGGGUGGCGCUGGAGAUAGUGGAGACAGAGCAGGCAUACGUGAGGGACCUGAAGAGCAUCGUAGAGGACUACCUGGGUUGCAUCAUUGACUGUGGGGACCUGCCGCUCAAGCCGGAGGAAGUCAGCACUCUGUUCUGCAACAUUGAGGACAUCUAUGAGUUCAACAGUGAGCUUCUGGAGGACCUGGAGAGGAGUCCUCAUGCAGCAGCCAUUGCUGAGUGCUUCGUUGAGAGGAGCGAAGCCUUCGACAUAUAUACCCUGUACUGUAUGAACUACCCCAACUCGGUGGCUGUUCUGAGGGACUGCAUGAAGAACAAGAGCCUGGUGGGCUUCUUCCAGGAGAGGCAGACCACCCUGUGCCACUCCCUGCCCCUGGAGACCUACCUUCUGAAGCCAGUGCAGAGGAUCCUCAAGUACCACCUCCUGUUGCAGGAGCUGGCCAAACACUUUGAUAAAAGUGACCCUGGCUACGAGGUAGUGGAGGAUGCUAUCAUCACCAUGACAGCCGUGGCCUGGUACAUCAACGAUAUGAAGAGGAAGCAGGACCACGCUGUCAGGCUGCAGGAGGUUGAGAGCUUGUUGACCAACUGGACAGGUCCAGACCUCAGUGGCUUUGGGGAGCUGGUGUUGGAGGGCGCCUUCAGGGUUCAACGGGUCAAGAAGGAGAGGGCAUUCUUCCUCUUCGACAAGAUGCUGCUUAUCGCUAAAAAGAGGCUGGAGCAUUUCAUCUACAGCACCCACAUAUUUUGCUGUAACCUUCUUCUCGUAGAAACCAUGAAGGACCCCCUGUGUUUUAAGGUGUCCGAUCAGACCAUCCCCAAACAGCAGCACAUUGUACAGACCAAAAACCAGGAAGAGAAACGCCUUUGGCUGCACUACCUCAAGAGGCUGAUAGUGGAGAACCAUCUUGCCUCUCUACCCCAGAAGGCAAGGCAGGUACUCGGUGACAACUUCUGUCAAUCUCCUCAGUUUGAUCAGGAUCGUUUAAAAAAAUCAUCUCCAAGAUGCGAUGAAUACCAUCGAGGGAGACGCCAAUCAGAGCCCCCAGAGUUCAUCUACACCCCAGAGAAGGCCAAGAAGAGCCUUCCCCUGCUGCUGGAGGGGAACCUGUCCUAUCGCCGUGGCAGGAGGCAGUCUGCUCCAACUAAAGACUUGGAAACAGCAUAUCAUGUCUCUUUAAAGGCUGGCAGCGAGGGGGAGAUGUGUCCUGGGGCAGAUAGUCUGGGAUUCUCAGGCAGCACCAACACCCUGGCCUCCUCUGUGAUGGAGGUGGAGGCUGAGGCAGAGCGUCCGGACCCCUGCCUGGGCCUGGAAGAAGAGGACCUACCCCCCCUGAGCGCCCCACCCACCCUCUCCAUCACCGAGGAGAUCAUGCAGUUCAUUAACCAGAGCCGCGUGCGAGAGGGCAUGGCCGAACUCAAGCCUGACAUAGUAUGGGAUUCACCCCUGGAUGAGUCUCUGGAGGACCCAGCAACUGAGCCACAUUCAUGUCCACUUGCUCAGCAAGGAAAUUACCUGCUGCUUGCUUCCCCUACGGAGGAGACUUGCGAGUCGCAAGACCCCCAUCCCAAUAGUCCAGAGGAGAUAACAGUGCAACUGGAGGGGAGCAGAACCAAAAUGGAAGACCAAACUCUUCCACCAUGUCUGUCCAGGGAAUCCUCAGAGGAGGGUGGUUGUGAAGAGGGAGAGUCAACACCUUUGCCAGCUGAUGUUAUAGAGGAGAGGCCUCAGGAGGAGAGCACAUCAGCCAAAGAAACCGGGACAGUUGGGGAAAGAAAUGCAUCAGAGGUGGAGGACGAGCAAACGUUCGAAACCUCGACGCCACUCUCUCCUGUAAACCUCCCAGACGAAAGAGAGAGGGAGAAGGAACUCUGCUCUGACCUCCCCAACGAGGACAAGCCCCCAGAAGCUCCUCUCUCUGUCCCAGAGCACACUGUACAGAGCCCUCUGGCGCACAAGAAAGAGACCCAGCUCACCAAGUCAGACAGGCAGAUCAUCGAGAAGAUCCGCAGCUACUACGAGGCGGCUGAGGCCGAGGCAGGAGAAGCAGGAGAAAGUGACAGCAGCCCCACCGCCAGGAGAAACAGCUUCUCCCUCAUCAUCCCCACCGGCCUGGUCAAAGACUCCGUGUCCCACUUUGCUGUCUUUGGCCACCAGGACAGCCUGUGUGACUCGGAGAGCGGGCGCUCCGAUGGGGGUGCAGAACCAGAACCUGAGUCAGAGCUCCCCUCUCCUCUUCCGUCAGUUCCUGACCAGGGAGAGGGAGCCCUCAGCCCAGAUUGUUCCUCCACUUCUGCUGCUGGUUCCCAGGAAGACCACAGGCAGGCACCAGGUCAGGGUGAGCCUGCUCUGGAAAAAUGUAGCAGGUUUGAGCCAGGGAGUGAGCUGCCCUGCACAGAGCUGAUGAAGGAUUGGAAAGAGAAGGAGAAAGUAGGAGCCCCUGUUAGCACAGAGAGGGAAAUCAUACCAAACCUGUCAACAGACAUCACCAACGAGCCCUCAUUCAGCGACGAAGCAGCCAAAGUGAUCACAAAAGACCAGCAGGUAAUCAAUGGCCACAAACCAAGUCCAAGUGAUCCGGACACAGAAUCUAAAGAGGCCCAGAAAGACUCCACUGUCCCUCCACCUACAGGUCUUCAUGACAGUAAGACCGCCCCAAUGUCCCAGGCUGGGUGGGGUAGAAUCAGAGACAGGAGCUCCCUCACUGGGAACCUAGAGGGCCUACCCAGCCAGAUCAAGGUGGGCCGCUGGUCCCGCCACUGUAAGAUGGUGUCCUCCAGCCGGACCCUGUACGAGGGAGCAGCGGUCGCAGACGUGGCGGGGAUAGGCCUGUUCGAGGCCAGCCCCGGUGAUCCAUGUCUGGUGGAGAACUCAGAGAGAAUCCUCAGUAAAGUUCAAAUGCUGGCUCGAAUGUACAGCGCCAAGGCCAGCAUCAUGAAGGUGCCACUUCACCACAAGAGGGUGUGUGUGGGUCAUGCACCGUGGACCGUCACCACCAGGCACAGCGUCCCUCCUCAGGCCCAGCCGCCACAGCAGCAUCAGGAGGAGAAGAUUACAGUAAAACGAGCUCAGAGCCAUUCCACUGGCUGCCAGGAGAUGACUUCAGUUUCCUCAGAACCCCAGCUCUUUGGACACAUCCUUGUCAGUGAACAGCUGUCCCCCACCUACCGCCAGCAGGAGAACAGCUGCGCCCUGACCGGACCCAGGGACAGUGUUUCCAACCUGGAAUCCACAUCCAUUGCCUCUCCCCCCUCCUCCCCUCUGACUACCCCACCAAAAACCUCUCAGGUUAGGCCUGAGGAGGUAGUGACUACUGCUCUGGAGGGGAAGCUUAUGGAGAACCAGUCUGAGGAAGUAAUCUCAGGAGCUGAGAUGCGGAGGCUUCACCCCAAGAGGGCUUCCCCAGUCCAGGAAGGCCCCAUCCAAGGGGUAGGGAUGGAGUUUCCAGCUGAUGGUUAUCCAAGGACCCCAGAGAGGUCUGUGAAUCUCAGCAGGACUUGGGCAGAGCAGAAAGGACAUAAUCUGUACUCCAUUAGGGAAGAUCCUGCUCUGGGGGUAGCAGCAGCCUCUUUAGCAGGCCCAUGUGGGAACAAAGACAGGUCUCCAGGGGUUGGAGCUGCAGAGGAGCUGCUGAAGACCAUUCAACAGCAGGCUCCAACUGAACCAGAGACAAGCCAGGUGGUGAAGCCAGACGAAGCCAGUUUAAACAACAAGAUAAUGCCGCCUUAUGUGGCCGGUGGGGCUGAGAGGGGGAGCUCACCCCAGAUGGCCCCUGGUCAUCAAAGCGAAGCUGAAUCCACCAAAGCCAAGUCACAAGAUGGCACUCUAGAUGAUCGGGAUGUUUCACCUGCGGCACCAAAGAUUUCCUCUCACAUCUCCGACACAUCUCCGACACAACAGAGGUCCAUCUCUGGGCUAACUGAGGGGUCAAACCCCUUAGUGUGGAGUCCCACUCAGUCGCCUAUGACUGAACCCAUGCAAGCCACACAUACAUCUGGUCAGAGAGUCAAGGAGAGUCAAGUCCCAGAGGAUUCCAAAGGAAAAGAGGGGGACAUGGUUCCCCGUCCAUGGUCAUCGCUCCAAAGCCUGAUGCCUACACCUCCGCCAGGGGUGCAGUCCUCUGACUGUCUGCCUAAGUUCACCAGCCAAAGACCACCCAACCUGCACCUGCCCACUACCAAGGGCAGAAGGAGCCUCCCUAUGAGUUGGAACGGAUCAAACAACGCCACACUCCCCAGCCAAAGACUACCACCUUCUCCACUGAGGUCCAGAGAGCCAGGUCAGGAUCCAUCACUCCCAUCCAUCCAUGCCUCGGGGUUGUCCCCCGUCAGACGGCCUUCCUCCCAGCCCUCACUGGAGAGAUCAGCCACCAUGCUUCCAGGCAUUGGCCAACCCAUGGAUGCCAAGCCCCCCUCUGCCUUCAGCCCCAGUCUCUACCAGCACUCUCCCUCCCCCAUCAGGGGACUCCCCUGCUCCUCUCCCACCCCUUCUGCCUUGACCAAGUCCCUGGCUGCCUCCUGCAUCAGCCAGUCCAUCAGCCAGAGUCUUGCCAAGAAGAACACUCGCCUCCAGGACCAUGCCACCCCUCACCCAGACAGUCCAGCCCCUCUGGCUCCCGCUCCCACUGCAUCCCCACUCAGGAUGAGGUCACCCUCCCCCAAAAUCACCUCUGGCCCUAGCGGCCCCCCUCUGAGUCCUGGCUAUGCCCAUGCUUCCUACACCAGAGAUGGGAGCCAGCCACCUAAGUGUCCCCCUUCCCCUCUCCGGUCUACUUCAGUCCGCUCCAGCCCAUGCGCAUCCCCAGCCCCAGCCCUGUCCCCCCCACCGUAUCGCAGCCAGCACUCAGUCUCCCCAGCCCCCCCAGUCAGCCUGCAUCACACCGCCUUUUCCUCUGCCUCUGCCUCUCCACGGCCCAGGCCUGCUGUCCUACACCAGCCACGCCAUAUUGGUUUGAAUGGAAACAGUAACAACAAUAAUAACAAUAACACCACUAACGGAGGAUGGGUCGCGAAUCACCGGAAGCCACCGUUAGCGAGUGCCAAUAGUAUACCCCAUCCCCAUGAUCCUCUUUGGAGUGGUUCUACUCACACUCUCAACAGGGUGGCAAGGCCCUUCUCUGUCUCGGAGCCCAGCUCACGAGUGCAGUCCCCGUCCCCUUCUCCCUCCCCAUCUCCAUUCAGCAGGAUCUGCUCCCCUCCCCCAGUCCAGAAUCAUACAGGCCCCCUGAUGAACAAGCCCCCCAACCCUAGAAGCACCCGGGCAGGAGGGGCUUGCCCCUUCAAUCACCUGGGCCUCUCCCUGGAGCUCCCCAGGGCCUCCUCAGCCUGCUCUUCAGGCAUAACCUCCCCUCCGCCCAUUGGGGUUCCUGCCAAUGUCUGGGGAGUCGCCGCUCCUCAGCCGCGGAAUGCCAAAUUGGCAUUUCCUUUCUCCUCCAUUGCCUCACCCACAUGGAUAGAUGUUUAUCCCCCCUCCAUUCAGAGAAGCUCCAGCACCACCUCCCCUCCCCCAUCUGGUUUCUCCCCAUGCUCUCCAACCCAUUCUCAGAACCUGCGGAGGACCAAGGGAAGCAGCCUGCCCUUCCUUAGCCUGGCUGACCGACCACCCAGUCCAGUCAGGAAUGGGAGGGGGUCUUGGGGAGAGAGCGAAGGCCGCAGGUCUGUGGGUGCGGAGCAGGAGUCUGGGUUGAUAAGCCCCCGAGGGGGAUCCUGCUCCUACAGUGGCUCCCCAUCCUGCAUCAGCCCCGGGGCCUUGUCCCCUGUCAGACUGGCCCCUGGGAAGAGCACCCACGGCGAGCAACACUUCACCAGCAUUGCCUGGCCCGACGUGCAAGAACUCCUGACCAAGUAUGACAGUGGGGACAGCCCUGACCAGAGUGCUCCGACCUCCCCUGUCUGGCCUCAGGAUGAAUGGGGUGACCCAGACCUUGGGGAGGACAGUUGCCGGAGCCACCUGAUCUGUGCCUAUGUGCCUCGGGCCGCCCCAUCCCCAGACACGGGUGCGCCCAUCCAGUACCCUCACAGGAGUGAGCCAAAGCCAGAGGACACCUCCUCAAUGCAGGCAGCCAGCAGGACUCUAAAGACUAGCUAUGCUACCACUGUGAACCUGCAGAUUGCUGGUAGUGGACGUAUCACUUCCUUCAGCAACACCCAGGUGAGCCUGAACCAGACCUUAUCCCCCGUGGUAGACAGCCAGGGCAGACGGAGGGUCAGCAUCAAUGCCUGCAACUUUACCCUUCCCGUUCCCCAGAACUGCAAGAGGCUGUGAGGGGCUACGACAGGGCGACCUCCGCCAAGGUGCCUUAUGCCUCAGUGAAAGUCUAAAUAGGCACUUUACCCUGAAACAGUGGUGUUCAUAGGGAUCCUAUGAGAUAUAACUCCAGGUAAUAUGGUAACGAAUUAAGUUAGACUUCAUUGGACAGUAGAUUGAAUCACCUGUUCUUUCAGAUGACAAUCUGACAAUGUCAGGAAUUCUGCAACCAACCCCACAUAUCACCGCCCGGCCACCUAGAUCACUGUCCAACAGGACACCGACUGAACCCACAGACAAAUUAGUUUGCCAGUGUCGUUUUUCUUAGUCUUUUUGUUGUUUGUUGUUUCAAAAUCAAUUCUGUUUAUUCUGUUCAACAAAAAAAACGAUGUCUUGUUUUCAAACUCCUGCGUUUGUGCUUGUGGCUGGCAUGGUAAAAAUGGUCCAUUCUUUUUUAUUUUUUUAUUUAUGAACUAGUCUUAUUUUGUCUGCAUUUCUGGCACUUAAUUGUAUGUCUUUAUUUUGCACAAUGUCCUCAGCUGUGUGCGUAGUUAAGACGUGUCUGUGAAGGUAGCUUUUAUUUCAGACCAAAUCACGAUGUUGAUGUUUUUAUGUGUUCUAACCUAUGUAGUUUUACCAGUGGUUCAUGUUGAAAAAAAUACAUGAUUUAUUUGGUUACACAAGAGCAGAAAAUAAGGGAAAAUAAGAGCAACAAAUUUCAGGGAAAACAAAGUGCAAGAAAAUGAAUGGUGACUCGACCAACAUGCAUUUUUAUUGCUACACAACACAGUGUCUUCAGGCUAUAUUUUGAUAGCAUAGGCCUAACUACUUUUUUAAGUACAGUAUUUAAAUAUCAGAUUUGAAAUUAUGUGAACUCCUGUGGUCAAAAGACAACCACUGUGUCUAUUACUGAUGUGCAUUUCAGUUAUUUGUACUCCUAUAAUAAUAAUAAAAAUAUUAAAGACCCUU